AUGGCUGACGCUGCGCCAAACACCGCGCGGGAAGCUGCUGACACCUCUGAGAAGACGUUCCGAGCCUACACCGCCGAGCAGGGCGCCGCCUACGCCCGGAACCGCCGCGGGUACCAUCCGGCCCUCUACAAGCUCAUCCUGCAGCACCACCUCAAUUCCAAUGGCCUCCUGCAUUCCCUCGUCGAUCUUGGCUGUGGCCCCGGCACCGCGACCCGCGAGCUUUCACCCUACUUCGAGAACGCUCUCGGCCUCGAUCCUUCCGCCGGGAUGAUCGCUACGGCCCGCGACAUUGGGGGCACCACCUCCAUCGACACACCCGUGCGCUUCGAGGUCGGAUCUGCCGAAGAUCUCGGCUCCGAUCUCACCCCGCCCGUUGCCGACGGCAGCGUCGACCUCAUCGCCGCCGCGACGGCCGCGCACUGGUUCGACAUGGACCGAUUCUGGGCGCGCGCCGUCCGCGCGCUGCGGCCCGGUGGCACGGUCGCCUUUUGGACGGGCAGCUCCAUCGUCAUCCAUCGCGACAUGCCCAACGCGCUCGCCAUUCAACAGGCCAUCGCCGAUCUCAAGGAGGAGCAUCUGCGGCCGUACAUGGAGAAGGGAAACCUCGUGGGCCAGGGCCUGUACGUCGACCUGCCGCUGCCUUGGACAGUCGCUGAGCUGGUGGACGGGUUCGACCGGGAGUCGUUUUACCGGCAGCAGUGGAACCUGUCUGACGCGACGGACGCGGCUGGCGGGUUCUUCCAGGGCAAGGACGCCAUGACGCUCGAUAUGCUGGAGAUGGCGGCCGGCACCAUGAGCCCUGUGACGCGAUGGCGAGAGGCACAUCCCGAGGCUGUGGGUGAAAAGGACGUAGUGAGGAUCAUGAGGAGGACCAUCGAGAAGUUGCUGCACGAAGCCGGUGUGGAUCCUGGUAAAGAGUUCAUCAUGGGAGGCAUCUCAGGCGUUCUGCUCAUGGUCAAGAAGAAGAUGGAAACACAAGCUGCUGCGUCGGUUUGA